GCACGAGGACGCUAUUCCAGGGCCCUGAUAGCAGCUGUCUAUUUAUAGCGCUGGGGGGGGCUCCCCACAUAGGCAGCCGAGAAGCUGCUCUGCUGCACCGUCACUACCAUCAGCACUGGUGCUGCUGGCUGCCGGCACCUGCCACUCUGCAGGGGACAGAGGGACUCAGUGACCAGCCAGAUGGGCAGCACGAUGGAGCCCCCCGGGGGUGCAUACCUGCACAUGGGUGCCGUGACAUCCCCAGUGGGCACAGUCCGAGUACUGCAGCUGGCCUUUGGCUGUACCACCUUCAGCCUGGUGGCGCACCGGGGAGGCUUCUCAGGCGUCCAGGGUACCUUCUGCAUGGCUGCCUGGGGCUUCUGCUUCUCCCUCUCUGUCCUGGUGGUGGCCUGCGAAUUCACAAGACUCCACAGCUGCCUGCGGCUCUCCUGGGGCAACUUUACAGCUGCCUUCGCCAUGCUGGCCACCCUGCUGUGCGCCACAGCUGCAGUUGUGUACCCGCUGUACUUCACCCGGUGGCAGUGCCCGCCUGAGCCCGCCGGCUGUGCUGCCAGGAACUUCCGCCUGGCAGCCAGCGUCUUUGCCGGGCUUCUCUUCCUGGCCUAUGCUACUGAGGUAGCCCUGACAAGGGCCCGGCCCGGCCAGGUGGCUAGCUACAUGGCCACGGUGUCGGGGCUGCUCAAGAUUGUCCAGGCCUUCGUGGCCUGCAUCAUCUUUGGGGCACUGGUCCAUGAUAGCCGCUACACACGCUAUAUGGCCACCCAGUGGUGUGUGGCUGUCUACAGCCUGUGCUUCCUGGCCACGGUGGCUGUGGUAGCCCUGAGUGUGAUGGGCCAUACAGGCGGCCUCGGCUGCCCCUUCGACCGCCUGGUGGUGGUAUACACCUUUCUGGCUGUGCUUCUGUACCUCAGUGCCGCUGUGAUCUGGCCAGUCUUCUGUUUUGAUCCCAAGUAUGGUGAGCCUAGCCGGCCGCCCGAAUGCCCACGGGGUAGCUGCCCCUGGGACAGUCAGCUGGUGGUGGCCAUCUUCACGUACGUCAACCUACUCCUCUACGUUGCCGACCUGGCCUACUCCCAGAGGAUCCGCUUUGUGCCUACCCUGUAGCCUGGUAGCAGCAGCCCACCUACCUCCACUCUCUGCCCAGCACCCCACCCAACCUGAAUUUCAAAGGUCCUGAGAGAUGGAGGAGUGGGAGGAAACCAAGGAGGCCCCAGGGCUGAGGACGACACACCACACAGGUCUUGCCAGGAUACUCACCUCGGAGUUGGUCCUGUGGGUAGUUCACAGCCUGGACCAAAGGACUGUCCAUUUUGGACAAGCACUUACUAUAACUCCUCUCACUUGGGUGAGGACCAAACUCACUGCUAUCCAGGUGGUCAUGUUAGAGCAGGCUCCUAGCCCUGGUGGUGGUCACCAUGUGGAUAAUCAUCUGCCUCCACACAGGAGGCAGAAAUGUGCUCCUCUGAAAUUGUAAACUAUAAUUUAUAAUAAGAAAAUAAAACAGCUCAC